UGUGACCACUUCCGCCUCACGUCACAUGACAACAGUGUUGGCUCGCGGGAGUCUCGCGGUGACAGCUUAGCUCAUCGCUGGAAAAGAAAGGAUUUGCAAAUGGAGGUGGCAGAAAUGAUCAUUAUUUGAACGACAAAAGGUCCAUCUGGCGAUGUCUGAGUCUCUGUAUGAGAAGUUUUUGGCACCAGAGGAGCCUUUCCCACUCCUCUCUCAAAGAGCCAACCUCAGUGAUGUGGGAACUCUGGACGUCAGUGACUUUGGCUGUCAACUCUCAUCUUGUCACAGAACAGACCCUCUGCACCGCUUCAAAAGCAACAGGUGGAACCUCACUUCCUGUGGGACGAGCGUGGCCAGCUCAGAGUGCAGCGAGGAGCUCUUCUCCUCCGUGUCUGUGGGGGAUCAGGACGACUGCUACUCCCUGCUGGACGACCAGGAACUGACGUCUCUGGACCUGUUUCCAGAGGGCAGUGUCUGCAGCGAUGUCUCCUCCUCCAUCAGCACAUAUUGGGACUGGUCCGACAGCAGCGAGUUUGAGUGGCAGCUGCCAGGAAGUGACAUCGCCAGUGGCAGCGACGUCCUCUCUGACAUCAUCCCCAGCGUUCCCAGUUCACCAUGUCUGUUCUCCAAGAGGAAGCCUAAGCCCCACCCCCACCGCAACCUGGACGAGUUACCAUGGAGCGCCAUGACCAACGAUGAACAAGUGGAGUAUAUCGAGUACCUGAGUCGGAAGGUGAGCACAGAGAUGGGCCUGAGGGAGCAGCUGGACAUCAUCAAGAUCAUCGACCCUUGCGCUCAGAUCUCCCCCACCGACAGCGAGUUCAUCAUCGAGCUCAACUGCCUCACCGACGAGAAGCUCAAGCAGGUGCGUAACUAUAUCCGAGAGCACAGCCCGAGGCAGCGGGCCAGCAGGGAGGGCUGGAAGAGGAGCAGCCACAGCAGCGCCAGCACCGGGGGGGUCAGCGCCGCCAGCAGCAGCAACGGCAGCAUGGUCAGCUCCACCAGCUCCUCCACCGGCUCCACCGCCUCCAACUCUGUGGCAGGUGGUCCAGCAUCAGCCUGCAGUGGCAGCAGUGUUGCUAACAUUAGCAGAGCUCACAGCGAUGGCAACCUUUCCAGUGCUGCAGAACGUAUACGAGACUCUAAAAAACGCUCCAAGCAGCGCAAGCUCCAGCAGAAGGCUCUGAGGAAGCGGCAGCUGAAGGAGCAGCGCCAGGCCCGCAAGGAGCACCUGAGCGGACUGUUCCUGAACGAGGAGGUGCUGGCGCUGCGGGUGACGGAGGAGGACGACCGCGGGGACGACCUGGACAUACUGAUGUGACACCAGUGAACCAAUCAGUGCUCCCUCUACGCCUGCUGCCUCAGCUCCACCCAGCCACAGAUCACCGCAUGCAUCCGCUUUCAGUAGGCUUCAAUUAUGCAGAGUAAUGUAAUGAGCAGUAAUAGCCUAGCUUGAUUCUGCUAGUGCUAAAGCUGAUAGCCGCUAAAGUACUGCUAAUGCUUCGAUUAGGCAAUUAUGACAUUAGGCUUUGAUGACAUUCAGUUUGACUCUACACUUGGUUUGGAUUGCUUAUAGAUGCUGCAUCAGGGUAUACGCACUGCUACUAAUACAGCUACCCCCCACAGAUUGACAGAUCACGGAAGAGAAGAGUUUGGCUACAUUGUGCAUUAUGCUGCUACGGAAAAAACAUAACAUAACUAUGUGCAAGGUGGCAGUAUUUUAGCUCAUUUGGAAAAAAUACGUCCGUACUCAACAGUUAUCAGCACUGCUAGAGUUUGGUUGAUUUCCAAUUAACAAGCUUACACUGGUUUGAUUUUAUGUAAACUGCCUAUUGAGCAUUUAGGCACAUCACAGCACUAAUGCUAGCGUCUCUAUAUCUAGAUUGGUUGCGAUAUCUUGUAUUCUCGUAUCAAAACAGACGGGGUAACAACGCGUAGACACUGAAAGAAAAGUAAUGUGCGGCUGCUUCGUCAAGUGUGACCCCUAGUUGUCAAAUCUGGUAUAGCCGUCAUAUCCGAAUAUUAGCUAAAUGUCAAACUGGUUUGAAAAUAUUGACAUCUGUCCAACCCUAACCAACCUCUGUUGAUGUGCAGAUCGGGUUUGAACUGCUGAAGGUAAUGUUACAGCAUGUUUAAGAACCCAAGGGCUUCCGUCAAAGUAUCGUGAGUGCGAAGUGUCCGUACCGUCAAUAUGAAAACAAAAUCUUGAGAUGUAAACAUUGCAUUGGUGAGCAUUUUUAAGCAGUCUAAAUGACAAUUCAUUUUCAUGGGUGAAUCUUCUGUCUGUCUUUCUACCUGCUGGGUUUCUACUCUGAAGGCUUAGAGGGAGUACUGAAUCUGCAUGUCUAACACCGUCACCCACACCCAGCCCCCCCGUGGUCCAACAACUAACCAACCUGCUUCAUUACGUGCAUACGAACCUGUUUAAAAAAUAGCUUAAGUGUUGUAAAUAAAUGAUAAAUAACAGCAUAUUUACCUACUGCUUGUUUGCAGGUUUUUUCUUGGUGAUGAAUGUUUGAUUUCUAGUUUUAUUUGCCCUUCUAUGUGUGUAUUUACAGUAUAGUAUGACACGGUAUAAAUUGGUUUCCUACCUUAAAUUCUACACUGGUUCUUUAUGUUUUUGAGUCUUAUUUUGAAGCAUUUAUUCGUUUUGUCACUUGAGUUUGGUCAUUGUCUCAGACAUCUUCGUUUCUCUGCCAGCACUCCUACUGUAUUUCACCUGAGACCGACCUUGAUAGUUCUAGAUUUGCUAUUAUUUACUUAUCAUUUGACCACCACGAUAACUUUGAAGCGUUUGAGGAUUGAGGUGAAGUCUUACGAGAAGUUUUUACAGAUCAUGUCUGCCCAUGUACUGAAUGGCUGGUUUGGUUUCGGCGCUGACCUUGAGCUGGUUUCUUGAGCAUGUGCAUCUAACGUUGAGCCAUUUACUUUCAAUACUGAGACUCUACAAGAAAAGCACUAACACCUCAGAUUUCUGUGGAGCUACCCUGCAGUUUCCAUAUUUGCUAGGAGUAGCAACCAGAGAUUGUUUCUUUUGUGUGUUGAUUGUUCCCCCCCCUUUGUUUACACUCUCCCGCAGUAAUUGGCCUAAAAGCCUUCCGUUAUUUCUUAUACUUUACGAGUAUUGAGCUAUGGCUCUCGUCUCUGUCUCAUGUAUAAAGUUAUUAUUACAGCAACUAUGUUAAAUGCCGCUUUAUGUAUUCUGUAGGUAUGAAUUAGCAAAACUCUAUUUUGAAAAAUAAGAUAAUUUUGAAAAAAAUGUAAAAUAAGCCUGUGUGAUGCAACAAAGUGUUUUGUGUAUAGCCUAUAGGGUACCAUGUCAUUGCUGAUACUGAAUGACGUUGGACUGAUUAAAUAAUGAUUACAAAAACAGGUUUUGUGCAAAGGAAACUUUUUGUUUUUCCUCAUUGUCAUUAUUUGACAUGUUCAGAUAUGAACCAUCAGCUGCAAUUAGACUUUUUUUCAUGUAUUGAUUGACUGUAAACUUGACAAAUAAACUUACACUGUUGCAUCCUA